GAUGCACGUGACAGGUUUAGUUUGAAAGUUUUGACAGGAAGUGUUUGUGUUGUGGUGCGCGCGCCGGGUUGUGACGGCGUCUACCACGGGCAACAACAAACAAGGACGACGGAAGAUGGAGACGCUGUCAGUGCCUUAGAAGCGGCCGAGCUCACCGGCGAGUCUAGGCAUGGGGGCCGUUUCCAGCAGGUAUGCUGCUUUUGGAGGAGCGGGGUUACAGAGUGGCAGCGACCAGGGUGACACACAGCCCAUGGUCAAAGACAGAGCCAAGAGGCCGAGCUGCACCCGGAGACACAGCUCUGGGGACACGGUUGAGUGUCCCACCUGCCAGGGGAUCGGUCGGAUCCCAAGAGGUCGGGAGAGUCAGCUGGUGGCCGUCAUCCCCUGCACCGACCAGAGGCUGAGACCCAGACACACGAGGCUGUACGUCGCCGGGUCCGUCGGCGUGUGCCUCCUGGCCAGUGCCCUGGUUUUGUUCUUCCUCUUUCCUCGUGCCAUCGUUUUGUCUCCAGUCGCGGUCAAGUCUUCCAUCGUCCACUUCGCCAACAACAGUGUCCAGAUUAACAUCACAAAUGUGCUAAACAUCACCAACAACAACUUCAUGGAGGUGCAGGCCUAUAAUUUUAUCGUACAGGCGCUCAACGAUAAAAUGGUUGUGGGAAAGACUUCUAUUAAGAACAUGACCUUUGUCAAACCUCUGUCUGUUCAAAAGUACCCCUUCAUGAUUUCUAUCAACCUAAAGGAUCCAGGCCUCAGUGACUACUGUAAGAAUCCUACCGUGUCCGUCCACAUCCUCUUUGUGCAUCUACAAAUGUCUAUGACGGUGUAUUACAUGGCCCACUACGAGGACCUGUCCCUGGAGACGUACGAGUACAUUGACUGUGGAGCCAACAGCACCGUAGCAUCUGUCACUGCCACGCCGUGCGUGGAGAUGACAGGCCUCUGAUGGAGUCACAGCAUCGGAUGCAAAACUAACGUGUCCCACACUGUCCAGUGAAUCAUCCUUUUCUGCUUCUCUCGUCUCAGUCUCUGUCUGUCGACUGAUGGUUUCACAUUAACAAAGAAUUAAUUGAAGUGAUUGGACGUCCUGUAAUCAUAAUAUGUAGCUACAGCUGUUAAUUGUCUGUCAUCCUGUGUCUGUGUUUUGCUGAAGAAUCUUGUUUUUCUUUUGUAGCCUUAUUUGUACAUAUCCCUGUUCAGCCAAUGUGAGUAAAGACACAAACCAACUGA